GCCCACGAGACGCCACCCGGAGCAGCGGGCUGGGCUCGGCCGCUCCUCUGAGAGCUACGGGCCUGAGCCCGGCGCUGGGGCGCUGGGGCGCUGGGGGCCCUUCUCCCCGGCCACAGAGCUGAGGCCCUUUUCUGCUGUGUCCUUUAGCAAGGGGGAGAAGACGAGGCUGCUGGAGCGCCGCGGGAGGGCCCAGGGACUGCCCGCCAUGCCAAGGAGCUGCGAGCAGCCCCGAAGAGCUGUCACGGCGCCCACCCUUUCCAGCCGGAGAGCUGCCAGCAACGGUGACGUGUGGAAAACAGAUUCCACAAUCUGAUAGAUUGUAAAGUAGGCGGUGGAGAUCGGAAUUGGGACAUUUGCAAUUGCCCCGGUGCAUGCCACGGUGGGAGAGGACGAGGUUUUGCCUGUUGAGAGACCCGUGUUCCAGCUGAGCAGGUUUCUGAAGAAAUUCUACAGCCUCAAGCACGCAAAGACCCAAAUUCCUGACAAGACCCAGUUUGUUCAGCUGGACUUUAAGCAGAUUGCUGCAGAAACCCACUUCCGCCCGGAAAUCGUGGAGCAGUGCGUACACGAGACCCUGCUUCUCUUUGCCGAGGCCCUCCAAGAAAACAAGGAGGUGGAACUCUCCUUCAAGGGCAUCGGCAUCCUUGCUGUGCGAAAAAAAGUGGUCAGCAUGACCUUCUUGGACGAGUGCCUGCUGGAGCUGGAUGGGACAGGGAACAUGCUGGCAGCUCUUCUCGGGGACCCUAAGAUGAUGAGGAUCGUGGCCUUCGCGGGCAAAAACGAUUUUAGUCGUCGCAGUCGAGACACGGUCAUCACGCUGCCAAGGCUUGCAUUUGAGAUCCCCCACCAAACAUCGGUCCCCACGAUUUCUCUGAAGCCCACGAGAGAUCUGGCGCCCUGGGGCGGGGGUGCCCGCAGAGUGAGUGUGCUGGAUCCAGUGUUCCUGGCUCAGCGGAGGGUUUCUCUAGCCAGACAGCAGGUGAAGGAAGGCGAACAGGCUACAGCCAAGGAAGCUGGCCCAGGCAGAUUCCUGCCAGUAAUCCAGCAGAAUUCCAAGGAGGACCUGACGCAGGCCAGACCUCCAGGCUGCCCAGACUUGCAGCUCCCUGCAUGUGCCGCGCAGCCCUCAGGAAUGGGAACGGGCUCCCUCCGCGCGGAGAGGGCAGGGAAACGGCACCAGGUGCUGAUGGCAUCCAGGCGCAAAGAGGUGGAAGCGGAAGUGUGGCACCAAUACCAUGCCAAGAGAGCGGGGCAGCACAUGGAGCGAGGCCAGACCUCCUGCCGCCACCUGUUCGAGGAUCCCUAUCGCCCUCCCCACCUCCUGAGAAAGGCCUACGCCGAGAAGCUGAAGGAGAGGCUACAGGAGAAGGAGAGCUGCCAGAGGCCUGCGAGGCAGAUGGCGUCCGAGGGGCGGGCAGAGCUGCACCCCCCGCAGACAGCGUGGGAAGUCAAGGGGGAGAAGACGAGGCUGCUGGAGCGCCGCGGGAGGGCCCAGGGACUGCCCGCCAUGCCAAGGAGCUGCGAGCAGCCCCGAGGAGCUGUCACGGCGUCCACCCUUUCCAGCCGGAGAGCUGCCAGCAACGGGUGGCAGGGGCGAGGAGCGCCUUUCCAAGGGGAACGUGCCAAAUAAAGGCUGCUGGUGCCUGGGCCCAGCCAGCGUGGCCGUGCUGCUGCCUGCCUUGCCUUUCUCUGCGGCCACGGGCACGGGAGGGGCCCCGCAGCCCCCUGCUCGGAGGGGUCUCUGGGCAAAUGGCCAGAGGACUGGUCCUGCCAG